AUGUUUUUCUGGCGGUAUUUUGGUUUAGUUGGUGUUAUAUGUGUAUGUAUAAGUUAUUGUCAAAAUGAUGAACCAUUAUCAGAUGAUACUGAUGAAUUCGAGGAGCCCGUACCCCCGGAAUAUCUAGUUAAACUUUCUGUUGAGACUGAACCAAAAUCUCAUGCAACGACGAAUACCGGUGAGGAUGGUGGUGGUGUUGGUUCAUCAUAUGACCAUUUAUCUGAACCAUUUUCUUGUUAUAAUUGUACUAAUUGCGAUUCGCCAUCGGAGUCAUCAAUACGUCCUUGUGAUGCUGGUAUUAAUAUGUGUUAUAAAAUACAGAAACGUAUUGAUGGUAAAAAGCGAGUUAUACGUCGUGGUUGUUCAACAUCAAAAGGACAAUGCCGUACACCCGAUAGCGAUCAAUCAAAAAAUGAAGUCGACAGUGUUACAUGUUGCACAAGUCCGAAAUGUAAUCAAGGUAUUCAAUUGAAUCCAUUGUUCUUUCUUUCAAUAAUAAGUUUUUUCAUUAUUAUUAUUAUUAUAUAA